GGCCAAUGUAGGCCAGGGCCGCGCGGGCGGGGCCGGGGCGAUGGGGAAUCUGUUCGGGCGCAAGCGGCGGAGCCGGGUCACCGAGCAAGAUAAGGCCGUGCUGCAACUGAAGCAGCAGCGGGACAAACUAAAGCAAUAUCAGAAAAGGAUAUCACUGCAGCUGGAGCGGGAGAGGGCUUUUGCUCGGCAACUACUCAAAGAUGGCAAAAAAGAGAAAGCCAAGUUUCUGCUGAAGAAAAAGCGUUACCAAGAGCAACUGCUGGACAAAACAGAAAACCAAAUUAGCAACCUGGAACGCAUGGUCCAGGAUAUUGAAUUCACACAAAUUGAGAUGAAAGUCAUUGAAGGCUUGAAAAUCGGCAAUGAGUGUUUAAACAAGAUGCACCAGGUUAUGUCAAUAGAAGAAGUGGAAAGAAUCAUGGAUGAAACCCAAGAGGCUGUGGAGUACCAGAAGCAAAUAGAUGAGAUGCUGGCUGGCAGCUUCACUGUAGAGGAUGAAGAUGCCAUCUUAGCUGAAUUAGAUGCCAUCACUCAAGAACAGAUCGAUCUUCCAGAGGUUCCCUCAGAGCCCCUCCCAGAAAAGAUUCCAGAAACAUCGCCAAUCAGAGUCAAACCAAAGCCAGAACUGGUGGCUGCAUCUUAACUCCACUUCCUGGGGCAUCCUGGCCGGGCAUCCUGGAAUUCCUAGCAUGUCUGGGGUGCAAGAGACCUCCAUGAUGGCCUGUUGGCAGUCAACAGCCAUGCUGGAGCAAGUUUCCUGCACAGAAUGGAAGCUGCAACUGGUUAAUGUUCCCGUAUCAAGAUUAUUUUGUAGCGCGCACACUCCUCCUUUUUGUAACUUAAACUGGAUUAAAUGGUGACUCUCAAAUCCCUUCAAGCCAAAUGCUUUCUACAGACCAGAUUCCAGCUGCAGACCUGCCUCAGACACCAGCACAGCCUCUUGCUAACUCUGCCUAAGCCCCCUGGUGUCUUUUUGAGCUUGUGGGCACUGUGAAGAGUUAUGAGCUUUCUGCUACACUGAGGAACGGACUGCUGGGGACCCUCUUGGCCUUCCUUUCCAAUUUGUCUCUCUUCAGUUCUCUGGCUUUUCUGAAUGGUUUCUCUUUGCAGGAAUGGAAUUCCUGAACAUUGGCCUGUAUCUGCACUUAGACGGGUUAGCUUGAUGCUGAGAUGGGAGCUUGGCUUCCAUUGAUAGUGAAAUCUUCUUGAGGUAGCCUGCUAGUGGAGAUACAAGAAGAUGACCCCCAUGUUCAGUGUGCUCACCGGAUGAACACACUUCUAGUUCUAUGCACUGGGCAGCAAUGCAAGGCUACUGGUCUCAAUCGCUAGAAAACGGAAGGUCUCUUUCCUGCUGGGAUAGGAGUCUGAUAAGUGCUUGCUAAGGAUCCAUGCUUAAACUCGUACACGGGCCCUCCUGCUUUUUCCUCUAUCCAUGGUGUGAAGAUGCUGAAUAGAGUUCAACUCCUGGAAGCUUCUCAAAAGGGGAGGAGCUUAGUAGAUGCAAAGCAGCUUCUUGAUGACUCUUGCCCUCCCCAGUCUAUCAUAUUUGCCCAAUGGGCUGACACAGGAGGGUGCCCCCUUUUUCAGUGGUGGGGAACUGCCUCCUAUCUCUUGCGUUACUAGCAGGAGGGGUCAGGAACACAGUGACCUAAUGCUACGCACAUGGGACUAAAUAUUGUUUCCCUCUUAGAUAAGGGUGUGUGUGUGUGUGUGUGUGUGUGUGUGUGUGUGAUCUCCCCCUCCUGAAUGAUGGAAAGGGCUGGAUCCCAGUUACCUCUAUGGUAUUAUUGUCUGCCUUGCAGGAUGUUGAAGACUUGACCCAAGGUCGUCUGGAGCCCUUAAAGCUCUUUGUAGUUCCUAUCUGCCUUGGCUGUAAACUAUCCGUCCUUUGAGAACUGGCUGGUCUGCACUGAGCACCGCCUUUGUAUCCAUAAGGCAGCACCAUAUAACCUGUUGAAGUGGUACAGCCUUCCUUUGUGACUGGGCAGUGGAAUGGGUUGAUGCGAGGGUGUUUUUUGAAGGCUCCUGCUGCAAUCCUUGACCUACUGUAGUAGUAGAGGUUCUCACUAGCUGACCUGUUUGAGAAAUUAGGACUGUGGGAGUUGGGCAUCUUGGAUUAUGGUGUUUUCCUAGUGGGUUUUUCAGAUAAGGCCCUGUUGAUUGUGUUGCUGAUUCUUAAAAAUGCUCAUUGGGCACUUAUCUUUUAUUAUCCAAUGGGGCCCCUUAGGGUGGAAGAUCCUUCUUGUCGCACCUAGGGCCUGUCUCUCCCUCUUUCCCCAGCACAGCAUCAGGAAGGCUGAGGAGUGAAUUAGAUAGAUCUUCCUUGAGCUGAUGGUUCACACUUAAGCCCUCAUUUCUAUAAUGUGCUCACAUGCCACGCUGGAACCAUUCAACUCCCCUUUACACCUUGGGAGCUAAACAGUUCAUGGAAGUGUGUUAUGGUUUCUUACAGUUAGUUCGCCUUUUGCAAAUUCUGACUCCAUACUGCUGUAUUCGCUUUGUUCACCAGGGGGCAGUCCUAUCCUUACCUGAUCAUCACUGUGGCUGUGAGCGAAUGUUUGUUGUCUGUCUUAACCUUUUAGUUGCUCUGGGUUGGUUGCAUUGAUAUAUAUUUUUUUGGGGGGGGGGCAACGGAAUAGUGCAUUAGAAGAUGCACAAGGCCUUUUGCAUUGGUGUCAUGGGUACUGUACAGACACUCAACUCCCCUACGCCGGUUGCUAAGUGGGCUCCGUUGGGCCCACAGUUAAUGUGGCUCAGUGCUUGGGGGAGUGGAUGGAAGUAUGUUUCUUCUUCUUUGCUGCCAAUAAGGACAGGAAAGAAGAGAGGUGGUUAAAAUCAGAGGCCUGCCGGCCCCACGGGAGGCAGCAGUGCAGAUGUGCAAAGUGGCCGUGGAGAGCAGCUGUGGAGCUAACAAAAUUGCUUUCCUCCAUGAUUUCCCAGUUGGUGCCCUCUUUGGUUGUAGCCAGGUGGAACUAGAGCUGUCAUCCUGACUCCAUGAAGGCUCCAAACUCUCUACAUGUUGUGUAGGGACAGAAUAUUUACAUUUCUUGGCUGAAUCCUUUGCAGCUCCUCAAAUAGCAAAGGCAGGAACUGCAGGUAGUUACAAUAAAGUGUUUCUAAUGCCUUCACCCUCUAGUGUCUAGUCAUAUAAUGUGUGUGUGUGUGUGUGUGUUUGUGUGUGUGUGUGGUGAUGAUGAUGAUGAUGAUGGCUACCUGGGAUUGUUCUUGCAGGGGAGGAUGACCUCAGGGGAAACAGUCUUUCUAAAAUACUUACUAUUGAUAUGGCAGAUGCAGACAUGAUAAUGAACAGCAUUCUGCAAUCGUAGAAUGUAUGCCAGGGAUACUGAGGUCUUGCUGAUUGUGAAGCAGCUGCUGCAUUGCUCUAUGGCAGGGGUACACAACCCAUAGCCAGGCCUUGGCUGCUCCCAGUGUGGUUCCCGGAGACGUGGGGCUGCUGAACCGCAGGCAAAGGGUGUGCUGUUCCAGUAAUGGUAUUAGUGAAAGCUGUUUUGGCUGCCGCUACUUGUGGACAAACCAAUCUGACUGGGGACUGCUGGGAAUUAUGUUCAGAGAGGCAAAACCCUCUCCUAACUCCCUGCAAGCUUUGGGUAACCAGGAGUGUGGUGUUUUGUGCAUGUGGAAAGAACUGUGAGCUCUGUUAGGUUUCAGUAUUCAAAAUGAAUUCUGGACCCGGAA